CACAGCCUCCGUACCGAGCUGGAAAAAAUAAGCGUCUUCUUUCUUGUGUCGAACUGACGCUCAGUGGGAUUGCAUCGUUAUUUCAUUAUUAAUCAGUUUUGAAGCUUGGCAGCUGUAAAUCUAUGCAUCAAGGGGUUUGUGCAGUUUCACCGAGCCUGUUGUGGAGCAUGUGUUGUAUUUUCAUGAAUUGUAACUACAACCGAUUUGAAACUGUUCCUGCAAUUAGUGGAUGUAUUUCAUGAUGCAACUCAAGUGCUCUGUCAAUAUUUAAACAUCGGUAGUUGUUGGGACGAGGCUGUCGGUGUUGAUAUUGCAUUGGAAUUAGUUGUCACUACACUAGUAUCUGUGUCAAGAGUUUGGUUGUAGGCAGCAAUGGCAUGAAACAGGAAUAUUAGAAUUGGCAUUUCAAGUGGAACCGUUCUCAUGUUUAAUGUAUCAGAACCAGUGAGGAUGCAUUGAAUUCCUCCUAGCGUACAACAAAAGCUGUUCAAGAAUACCAAGUGUUCAUGGCCGUGUGACAUCGCAGUUUUCUGCGCUCUACCGCCUUAUAUGAUUGUUUAUAGGAGUUUUAUAUCACAAUCUACCUCCGAAUUCUCUCACUGAAGAUCGACAGCGUCUUAAUUUUGUAACUCUUCCUGGAAAUCAAUUCCCUGCUUGCGGGACUGCUAUUUGGAAUAUGACUUUACUUGUGAAAAUUUCACGUUUUAGAAAUGAGGAGUUGUUCAUCUGUUGCCAUGGAAAUGUUCAUGUAGCGCAACACAUGUGCUUUGGAUAGCUACAGUCAUUUCCAUCUAGGAUUUCAGGAGAAAAUCUAGCAGAGGACAUGUGACUUCAUUAUCCGAUUUGGGAUUCUCCUCGGAUUCUGUUUUCCAUCAUGAUGCAUAAUCGUUAACGAUCAAAACAUACUUGUUGAUUCAUCCAGUCAUAGUGCGACACUGUUCUGAAUGCUCUAGAGUAUACCCUUCAUUCAUUGGAGUUUUCAACGAUUUUCAUAAUUAGCUGUAGAUAUAUUAAAUAUUAGACUAGAUAAUUUCUGAAAAGAAAUUUUAUUUUACAUUCUCCUUAAUUUAAUUAUAUUUUUUGGGAUGCAAUGAAUAUGUAGCGGGUACAAAUCUUAUGCAAUUACUUUUAUAACUGCUGAAAGAUAUGCAAUUUAUUUCUAACCUUCACCCUUUUUGAAUAUUUUAUAUGAAUCAAUAAUGUCCUCCUCCGUAUCUAGUCCUGAAUUACCUCCCCUUUCUCCUGGUUUUCAUGAAAUUGAAGACGAAAUUGCAAAAUUUGUGGAAAACUUUAAGUCUCGAACGUCUUUCUUGGACCGACGUUUGAGUCUGGAGUCGGGCGAUUCCUCUUUAUCUGGGUGGACGGGUAGUUCGGCAUAUUCUACGACAUCGGAUUGUACGUCCACAAACACUGAGAGCCCGGAUAAAGAUGGUGAAGGUGCCUGUGCUAGUCAUAAUUCCAUUUUGCGACAAAAAGGCAUCAUUGCCGAAAGUCGCAGGAUUAGUGAGUGGGCGUGGUUAACUGAAGAUGAUGACACACUCGACAUUGAGAAACCUAUACAGUGGAAGAACACCAGUAAUGCGAUGGAUGAGUCCGUCUGUCACUACAGCGUCCUGGACGUCGCACAACUUUUACAGUCCAGGUUCGCUCUCCUGUCAGGUGGCAAAGCUAAGAAUGGAGCGCCAAUCAUCACCUUCUCCGACUGCCCGAUGCUGCCUGAAGUAUCUGAAGAAGACUAUAGGAAAGUCAUGAAAUACCUUUGUCAUAUACCACCCUUGAAUGAUGUGGAAUCUGGCUACGUCCUUGUGAUAGAUCGAAGACAAGAUGGAUGGAGUGCAGUCAAGUCCAUUCUUCUCAGAAUCUCAAGUUAUUUCCCCACACACAUCCAGGUGGUGUUUUUGCUUCAACCAAAGGGAUUCUUCCAGCGAGCGUUUGCGGAUUUCAGGUCCAAGUUUGUGAAAGAGGAACUCGAAUAUAGGGUAAUCCUAUGUGACAGCCCCGUGGAGAUGCUUGAACACGUGGACCCGUCCAUGCUGACCACAGACGUGGGCGGGGCUCUGGAGUAUGACCCGAGUGAGUGGACUGAACACAGAUCGGCAAUCGAGAAGUUUGCUUUCAAUGUCGACGCCAUAGGCAAAACUCUGAAUAACCUAGUCAAGAAGCUGGAUGAGACAGACCUUCCAAACGACGUCCCAGGAACAGAGACGCUGAUCAAAGGCCACAUCCAGGAGCGGAAAGAAGUGAUGGAGGAUGUAGCCAACGCAGCCAGUCACGGCGACACGUUACUCAAAUGUAUCAGGGGAGACAACUCUGAAGUGCCUCUAGUCAAACUCACCAAUGUCUUGGAGCUGGAAAGGCUUCUUGUUCAGCUUGAAGAGACAAAAAAGAAAUUUGGUGAAUUCUGGAAAACCCACGAAGACAAACUACGUCAGUGCCUCAAACUACGGGAGUUCGAAGAAGAAUUUAAACUUAUUCAGUAUGCCAUAGAGCGCAGUGUCGAGACACUGGAGACGAAGAUGCCCGAGACGGGAGAAUCAGUGACGCAAGUUGAGACCCAGAUUCGAGGUUUUGAAGAAUUUGAACUGUCAGCUCGGAAGGAACUUGAACAAGCGGAGAGGAUGCGAGCUCAUGGGGAACAGCUGAUCCUUGACGACCACUAUGCAGUGGACAGCAUUCGUCCGAAGUGCAUCGAACUGCAGCGAAUGUGUCAACAAUACAAGGACCUGCUACGUCGCAGGCAAGAAAUACUCAGCAAGUCACAUGACCUGCAAGACAGGCUUGAUAAGGCCAAUAGAUGGUGCACAAAAGGUGUGGAUCUUCUGGCCAGCCAGCCAAUCGAUCGCUGCCAAAACCAACAAGGGGCGGAGCAAGCGUUGCAGGAUGUGGAAUCAUUUCUGGCAACAUCGAGGGAGUUGAAGCUGAACAAUCCGCGAGAGUUUCGGCAGCUCUUCGAAAGCAUGAUGACACCAGAAACUCGGGCGGUUGUUCAGCAGGUACUCAAACGAAUGGAGGAUGUGCAAGGAAUGUGUCAGAAGAGGAGAGAAUCUCUAUGCAAGAUGGCCGCCCGACAGUCCAGGCCGAUUCAGCCAGUGCAUCCCGAGCCUUCUCCGAGCCCUGCUUCAACAUCGUCACACCAGGUGUCGCCACUCCGACUUGACACAACCGACUACGACCCCCAUCUGAAGCGACGAGUCUCAGGGGACACUCCAAAGAGGAGUCCUUUGUCCCUGGAGAAAUCAGCUCGGCAUCGUGUUGACAAGAGUGAGAUCCAGCACCCAGGGCAUCUGAGCUUGUCUGGUGACCGUAGCAACGCCAGCAGUGUGAGCAGCAGCAGCUUGACGGUGUCCGACAUGUCGACAACCGACUCGCACAAUCAACGGAGUUCCUACUCCUCCAUGUCAGUUUCUUCCCUGUCAGAAAUAGACACGUUACAGGCCAAACGAAGGCAUGUAAUGAAUGAACUCAUUGAGACAGAAAAUACUUACGUUGGAGAGCUUCAAGAAAUAUUAAAGGGUUAUCAUGAAGAAAUGGAUAGUCGGACAAUGCAGCAUUUAAUACCGGCAGAACUGGUGGGCAAUAGACAUAUUCUGUUUGGAAAUCUUGAGCAGAUAUGCAAGUUUCAUCAAGAACAUUUUUUGAAAGAGUUGACAGAUUGUCGGGAGGAACCAGCCAAGAUGGGAAAGUGUUUUGUAAAUAGGAAAGAAGAAUUUCAAAUGUACAGCAUUUACUGUCAGAACAAGCCCAAGUCUGAGAAUCUCCGAAUCAAGAUUGGUGAUGGCAACUCGUUCUUUAAGGAAUGUCAGAGGCGCCUUGGUCACAAGCUUCCAUUAGGGGCCUACCUUUUGAAACCAAUACAGAGAAUUACUAAAUAUCAACUGCUCAUCAAGGAGAUGCUGAGGUUUACAGGGGAGAAUCAAGAGUUAGAGUCCCAACUACAGGGCGCCCUGGACACCGUCCUGAGUGUGCUGCGAUACCUCAACGACAGCAUGCAUCAGGUCUCGAUCGUCGGCUUCUCGGAAAAUUUAUCAGAACAAGGGAGACUAAUCAUGCAUGGCAGUUUUAGUGUAUGGACAGAACACAAGAAAGACAAGAUCAGAGAUUUGCGGUUCAAACCCAUGCACAGACAUUUGUUUUUGUAUGAAAGGGCAUUAAUAUUGUGUAAGAAAAGAGAAGAAAACCACAGCGCAGAUGAUGCUGUCUACAGCUUCAAGAAAAAAUUGAAGUUGUCACAAGUGGGACUGACAGAGAAUAUCAAGGGAGACAAAAAGAAGUUUGAACUGUGGCUUCGAGGUCGGGAGGAGGUCUACAUUAUCCAGGCUCCAACAAUGGAGGUGAAGGACACAUGGAUCAAGGAAGUAAAGAAAGUCUUGCUGAAUCAGUUUGAUCAGAUUAAAACACAUCAUUCUCACAAUCAGAAAUCUCAGGAAGAUCUGUCAAGUCACCGGCGACAUCCUUCAGACACUCCGCACAGUCUAGACAACUGGAAAUCUCAACAAUCAUUCAACAACAACCCUACAGUACCGAUUGGCCUUGGGAUGGUGUCUCCAACAGAAUCCCCGACAAGUCCCCCUGACUACGUGGAGGACGAUGGCGGCUGGUCCAGCGGGGAGUUUUCCAACACAGAUGAUGAUGAAUACAUUCCCAAAAUUGAGCCGUCUUACCGUGAGCACUUUGUUUCACUGGGGGAUUACUUCCCGGUGGACCAGAACGAGCUGGGUCUACACGAGGGUGAUCUAGUGGAGGUCCUGAGGGUGGGGACCAACGGAUGGUGGUACGCCAAGCACCUGACGUCGUACCUGGAGGGGUGGGUCCCAUCAACAUACCUGGAGUCAACGCGACGUACGCUGCCUUCAGAUUCAAGCACAGAAUCUCUGAUGCCAGGUCAAAAGGAGAUGUACAAUAGUCGGUCAAGUCUUACAAGUGGCACAGCAUCAACCACAAGUCCUGUCGAAACCACAGUUUAAUGAACAACAAUGGAGUCAUUGAAGCAUUUAUUUCAAAAUCAUCUACAUAUUUAUUUUCUGUUGGACAUGUAUACGUCAUUAACAGCUCAGUUUGAACCAAGUCUAUGACCUUGACAAAGAUUGGGUAAAGAAUGCUAACAGUCUCCAUGAAACACAA